UCAGCUGAUGUCUGUGCUAGAACGGGACGGGGGGCCUGCCGGUCCCGAUAAGGAAAGCGAGAGUUUGUUUUUGUUUAGUUUUUUUCUCGUAGUUCCAGUCAUGAGACCUUGCUUUGAGUCCAGCUCAUGCUAGUCAUGUGAACUUCUGCCCCUUUUUUUUUCCCCCUGUGCUUUUGAGUGGCUGGAGACAGUAAGGCCAGUGCGAGAGAUAUGCGCAGAAACAGAGACGGCGAGAGAGAGUGAGAAGAACAGAGAGAGAGAGAGAGAGAGAGAGAGAGAAAGGGGUUAAAAAAAAAGAGGGAGCGGAGAACAAGGGGGGUAAAAGAAAGGAUGGAGGGGUUGGGCUGGAGGGUCAGGGCCAUGGGGGUCGUGUGCGUUCGGAGGUGCUGCUGGUGCUGCUGCUGCUGUUGUGGGUCGGCAAAAACAGAGGGAGUGAGGAAGGAGGCGACGGAGGAGAGCCCGUCAGCGGAGAACAUGAGCGACCUGGUGCUAGACCUCCACUCCGAAGAGCUUAGCGACCUGGAGGACUCCAGCUAUCCCAACGAGCCCCAGCCUCACUGGUUCCACACGCUGCAGGUCCGCCGGUUGCGGGUUCAAAGGUCGCGGAGCAACAGCGACCCUCUGGGGGGGCAGAGUUUCGAGCAGGAGUUCCAAUGGAAAACCGGGCUCCAGUUCGGCACGGCCACUUCUUACCUGAACCUGGAGAAGCUGGGGGAGGGGGCGUACGCCACCGUGUACAAGGGAAUAAGCAGGAUAAACGGCCACCUGGUGGCCCUGAAGGUGAUUCGUAUGAAGACUGAGGAGGGCGUUCCCUUCACUGCGAUUCGAGAGGCUUCCCUGCUGAAAGGUCUGAAGCACGCCAACAUAGUCCUGCUGCACGACAUCAUUCACACGCGAGAGUCGCUCACCUUCGUCUUCGAGUAUGUGCAAACGGACCUGGCUCAGUAUAUGACCCAGCACCCCGGUGGACUGCACUCCCACAACGUGAGGAUCUUCAUGUUCCAGUUGUUGCGUGGUUUGUCCUACAUUCACAGAAACAGGAUCCUGCACAGGGACCUCAAGCCCCAGAACCUGCUCAUCAGCUACCUGGGGGAGCUCAAGCUGGCUGACUUCGGUCUCGCGCGCUCCCAGUCCAUCCCCGGCCAGACCUACUCCUCAGAGGUGGUGACCCUUUGGUACCGCCCCCCGGACGUGCUCCUGGGCUCCACAGACUACUCCACGGCGCUGGACAUCUGGGGGGCCGGCUGCAUUUUCAUCGAGAUGCUCCAGGGGGCGCCAGCAUUCCCCGGAGUGACAGAUGUGUUCGAGCAGCUGCAGAAGAUAUGGGCGGUUCUGGGGGUCCCCACAGAGGAGACCUGGCCUGGGGUGAGCGAGAUGCCAAACUUCAAACCAGAAUGGUUCCUUCCUUGUGAACCCCAGCUGUUCCGGAAUGUUUGGAAAAGGCUGGGGCAGCUGCCCUAUAAGACGGAGGACCUGGCCCAGCAGCUGCUGAGGGGGGCACCCCGAGACCGAAUCUCUGCGCAGGACGCCCUGCUGCACCCCUACUUCAACACCCUGCCGCCCCCGCUCAUGCACCUGCGAGACACGGUGUCAGUGUUCAAGGUGCCCGGGGUGAGGUUAGAGGCUGAAGCUCGGGACAUCUUCAGUCCGGGGAAAAGGCACAGACCGUCCCUUGCCCCCCUCACCAAAUGCUGGUGACCCCCCCCUAGAACCGGACCCUCGAUGGAGCACCAACCACCAUCAGCAUCAUCCUAACCCCACCCCCCCCCCCAACCCCUUAUCCAUGUGCUGACCAAUCAGAGCCUCUGUGUGAAAAUGGAAGGAGUGACAGAGAAAGAUUGUGCUGCGGAUGUUCUUGUAUAAAGGCCAACAUCAGGGAUAGGUCCCUCAUGUGGGGGGGGAGCGGGGGGGAGUGGGGGCGGGUGCAGGGGUAGGGAGGGCAUGGCCCUCGAACCCAGACUGAUCCUGACCUUACAUUCACCCUCAGGGGUACCGGCAGUUUACUUUCUGAACUCUCACCCCAGAAAAGAAACCACUAGUUUUAUUAGUAUGCCGAAGAUAGAAUAUACUAUUUAUGCCAAUUUCAAUAAUCUAUUAAUAAAACCUUAUUAAUCCUAUGUUCAUACUUGGAAUCACACUAACCACCUCCCCCCCAUAAGGGGGCGCUGUCUAUCCCACAGCGUAGAGAUUAGCCCAUAGAGAAGCCCACCUUUUCUUCUUCCCAUUCCGAGACAUAACAGUGCAAAAAACCCGACAAUCCUUUCUUUCGACCGCUGACCCCUUUCACACAGGCCUGGCUCUCUGGGAACUGUAGUUCGUUUGUCCUCCGGUCGGUUUGUCCUUCAACCAGCACGCUCGUUUAUCAGUCAAUGCCCGUCAAAUCAUCUCGGAUUUCCCUGCCUGUGCUCCUCGUUCACUCAACUGUACUUUGAGAUUAACGGACAAAAUAUGCGGCCCAGCUGUACUAUACUGUACUUUUUACCUCGUGCACCUCCACUGUUAAAAACAUGCAGACCGAGGCGACUUCCUGUUGUUUUGAAUUUGACUUCCUGUUGUUUUGAGUGCUAUCAGUGUUGGUCAAUAAAAGUGCAAUGAGGACAUCCUU